UGGGGAGCUACAACAAAAUACAACAACAACUGCUCCAGGGACUGCUUGGCAUUGUGUCUGCUGAACAGUGCCACCAGUAUCUUUGCUGGUUUUGCUGUGUUCUCCGUCCUGGGCUACAUGGCUUAUGAGAAGGGCCUGUCCAUAGAAGAGGUGGCAAGUAGCGGUCCUGGUCUGAUCUUCAUCGCUUAUCCAAAGGCUCUGUCGUUGCUGCCUGGCUCGUCCUUCUGGGCUGUGCUCUUCUUCCUCAUGAUCCUCUUCCUGGGCCUGGACUCACAGUUUGUGUGUGUGGAGAGCCUGGCCACAGGCCUCACAGACAUGUUCCCAGGUCAGCUGAGGAGGCGCGGCCACAGGGAGAUCCUGGUCCUGGUCAUCGCUGUCGUCUGCUUCCUGCUGGGGCUGCCAUGCCUUACUGAGGGAGGGAUGUUCGUCUUCCAGCUGAUUGACACCUACGGCCCCAGUGGAAUCAGUCUCCUCUUUAUUGCCUGCUUUGAGUGCAUUGUCAUUUCCUGGGUGUAUGGUGCGGACCGUUUCUAUGACAACAUUGAGGACAUGAUCGGAUACAAACCAUUCCCCUUGCUGAAGUACUGCUGGAUGUUCAUCACGCCGCUCAUCUGUUGGGCCACAAUGAUGUAUGACUUGAGUAUAAAAAAAGAAGUCUUCGUGUAUCGUUAUAAAAUCGGUUCACAUUGGGGCAUAUUGGGCACGAUACUUGUCUUAACUCCAUUGAUAAGCAUCCCAGCAUUCAUUUUGAUCUCACAGUGGAAGAAUCCCAAUACCAUGACUACUCCAUCCAGUGAUCUGCGUCAGGCUCGGCCAGACAAGCCCAUUCUCACGCUUUGUAAAAAAGCUAUCUUCAAGGCACAGCCACCACCAAACAGGCCUGUGGAGGAGAACAAGGAGAACAGAGAGAAGAGGGAGAUGGAGGAACCCAUGGUUUGAUGGUCAUUGAUAAACAGACCUGUAGCUGAUGACUGUGCAUAGAUCAUCAGUUCUGAUUGGCUCACUUAAUUCUUACAGAUGAUUUUACAUUACAUUACAUAACAUUUAGUUGACGCUUUUAUCCAAAGCAUCUUACAAUGGGUGCACAAACCAAAAAUAAUCAAACUCCAAACAACAACAAAAAGUGCAAAUAUAUUCACUUCAAGCAAGAUCAUACCAUAGUAAGUGCUGGUGCAUCAAGGCCUACAUUAACUCAACAAGUGCUUUCUUUUUUUCAGCAAUAACUUAAUUGCCAAGGUACAGUCCAAACAGAUGCGUUUUCAGUUUGCGUCAGAAGAUAUGCAGAGUUUCUUCAGUCCGGAGCUCAUUCCACCAUCUAGGAGCCAGGGUAGCAAACAGGCAUGUCUUUUGAGUAAUUUUAAAGUCAAGAGGUAAAUCAUCUUACCUCAUGGAGCUCUCUCUGGUUCAGACUUUGAUGUGUAAAAAUGAUGUACUUCCCCUUUAAAAACAUCCAUCUUGGACAUUUGAGUUUUAACCUGAAGUUUUAUUUAUGACUAAACUAUUACAUCCUACAGUUUUAAUCUUAAUAGAGUGGUGCAGGGAUGACGUAUUUACCCGGAAGUAAGCUGCACAUGGGUUCCCUUCGACAAAAAAGC